AAAAAAAAAUAAAAUUAGUAUUCUAUACAUGUAGCUGCCCUAAUGAAGCAACAGAACUAAUGUUAUCUUCAAGCUAGGAAAACUAGAUUCAAGAAUCAGUCAGUAGGUUUGCUUUGUGAUGUUCCUCCGUACUUUUUACUGCUUUUUCUACUUAGAGAUGAGUUUAAUUUUGACGCUAGCUUGCAAUUCUCAGAAAGAUGGAUACGAAAGCGAGGCAGAUGUAUUUACCAUGGUAGCUAACGGAACCAUCCCACCAGUCAAUGGAGCCCAUAAUGCCACGGGAAUCUUAAAACAACUUUUCAGAGACUACGACAAAAGGCUGAGACCUGACUAUGCAAGAAGGGCAAUUCCUAUAACAGUGUCACUGGGAAUUUUGUCCAUUGGGAACAUUCGUACUGAAGACAUGGAAUUUACGUUUGAUGUGUACUUUAGACAGAUAUGGAAAGAUACCAGGUUAGUAUUUGGCAGUAGAGACAUCGCCCUAACUCUACAGCAGGAGGCACUAAAUGAAAUUUGGCUACCAGAUACUUACUUCGAAAAUGCUGUGAAAACAUUCGUGCAUCAGGAAACACGCACCGUGGUACUCUAUGGAGAUGGUUUAAUAAUUUUCAGUCAGAGGGUGACAAUAACGGCCACAACUCUAAUGAACUUUCGUGCUUAUCCAAUGGAUACACAAGUUUUCAGGAUGGAUAUCCUAAGCUAUGGAAGGGACAUCAAACAACUGCGCUACAGAGGAAGUAACGUCCAACUCAUUAACAGAGAAAUGUCUGAAUUCAUGAUUACGAAACAAAGUGUAGAGAUGGACACUAAAGAGCUUUUUAUGGGUUGUUUUGAUGUGUUAACGAUAAAGUUCACCGCUGUAAGACGGAUUGGGUAUUACGUCAUACGUAUCUAUCUCCCUUGUGUUCUCUGCACGAUUGUAUCGUGGAUGGCAUUUUGGAUGGACCCCGCCUACAUCGGAGACCGAAGUGCGAUUGGUAUCACCUCUCUUCUCACUCAGAUUUUCCUGGUCGGAAGCAUUAGUGAGGCUAUGCCGCGUGUCAGUUAUGUGAAUGCUGCUGACUUGUUCUUGAUUGUUUCGUUUUCGUUUACGUUCUUAGCGCUGUUUGAAACUGCUGCCGUGUACAGGAAAGCAAAGUCCAUGUGUAGGACAGAGAAUGUAAUUCCCUCUCAGGAAGAAAAGAAAAAUGACAUAACAAAUGCCGAAAGCUUCGAGAGUAAUCAAGACGAGAGUGCAUCGUCCAAUGGGGCGACAGCAUUUCGAAAUCAUGAGAAAUUUUCACCACAUGACGAUCGCCUAAAGGUGAAAUUAUGCACGAAUUUCUUUGGAAAGAUGAAAGGUUUGGAUAACCAGUUAGACAGAAUAGCAAGAGGACUUUUUCCUGUUGGGUAUACUGUGUUCAUCACUGCAUACUUCCUGAUAUUUCUCAUUGAUCUUUGAAUUCAUUUUUAUGAAAUAUGGAUGGUAAUAUCUUUACUACCUUGAUGCAAUUCUUUAGAAAAGUUUAAUGCCAGUUGCUAUGGACUAUCCAGUUUAUGCUGUACUUAUUUUUUGUUGAUGGAUCUAGUUUACCAUAGUUUUUCUUUUAUCAUCUUUCGAGCAUCUACUCUCUAUCUGUAAAACAAUGUCGUUUGGAAUGUGAUUCUAGAAAUUACCAUGCAAUAUACUCAGUCUCAUAACUGCUGGGUAUUUAAACCAAUCAUUGCAUUCUGAUGUCUACAUUUAAAAUGUAUCUCGAAAAGAACAGUGUCUAAAUUAAACUGUACAUUUUACUUCGA